ACUUUGUAGUAUCAUUAUCAAGUGUAGCGAACACGAACCGCGUGGUUCCGGCAACACAUUGUUGUGAUCGAUGUGUCAAAAACUUUCAUGUUCAGCGUUUCAAGUAACAACGAAUUCAAUCGAACGUUUUUUAGUAAUAUUUUACAUUUGGUGUAUAUGAAUAUCAUAUUUGUCUCUUGAUAAUUUAUUUGUAUGUUGUUGGAAUUUUAAUAUAACCUCUGUAGUUCAUAAGUUAGUAAGAAUUAUGGAGAUAAACCCAUUAAGUAUAAUUCUUGUAAAAAGUGAUAGCAAGGGUGACAGACUACUAUUUCGUUACCCAUACGUAGCAAAACAUACACGAGAUUCUAAUCAGUGUACUAAAAGGAAGAAUCCUUAUUCUUUGACUAUCACAGAAGAUUUGUUGCAGUCCUUACCUUUUCUGACUUCUAAUAUAAGUAAUGGAAACUUAACUGGAGUAACCGAUGAAGUCCUGUCAACGUUAUUCGCUGUUAAACCAGAAUUAUGCGAACAAAAAUUUGAAUUAAAAGUAAACGACGUUCGCUUUGUUGGACAUCCAACUUUAGUUCCAUCUCGUGGAUUAAAGGAAGUUAAUUCUUCUAUGCUUUUCAAUAUAGUCUUUGCUCUCCAAGCACAAGCAAGUCAUUCUAUAGUAAAAUGUUAUUACGAUUUGAGCAGAAGAUUAGGCAUAGCUUUGAGGCACGAAGAAAAGAGAUGUGGAUUCGUAAUGGAAGAAAUAAAAAUGAUGGUUUCGACUCAUGAUGAAGUUGCUACUAGAUCAGAAGGUGAAAGUGACUGCGAUGAAUCACCCUAUGAAUUAAUAUUACAAAGAAGUUUGCUCGCACGUGACUUAAAGUCUGUAUUUAGUAGCCUCAGCACUUCUGGUAUAAUUAACAUUAUGAUUAAUAAAUGGAUUCAAGUACGUUUUUGUCUCCCACAAAAAGUUCAUCAAUCUCAUAAGAAAGGAUUUGUUAUUAAUCCUGAAAUAAUAGACAGGUGUUUGAAUAGCUUAAGACCCUAUCAUGGUUUGCUGUUACUUAUCGAACCUCUACAUUUAUUGGACACACUUCCGAUAGAUUCUUCUCCAGCAUUGAAACGUCUUAUUCAAAUGUAUAGUCCACUAAAAAGUCUACAAACUUUAGCUGCUGAUUCUGAUCUUACGCUUACUCAAGUUUUUCAAUUAACUGGUCAUUUAGUAUAUUGGGCCAAAGCUACUAUAAUUUAUCCUCUUUGUGAAAGCAAUGUUUACGUUGUAUCACCGGAUGCUGUCAUAACAAAUCAAUUAUUAGAAGCAUUUUCUGACGAAUUUCCAGGACUCUGUCUUUUGCAAGUUAUUAGCGAUUUUUCGUUACCAACAUCAAUAAGUCAAAAAUUAAAUCCUUUGAAUCAAUCGCAGCAACAAACACAAUUAGUGAAAAUAGUUAUAUGGUUGUUAAAAAAUCAUUUACUUUUACAAUUGCAUACAUAUGUACAGUACAUGCCAACUGUGCAUGGUCGAGCACUACUGGAUACAAAGGAUGAAAUGAAUCACAAUAUAAAUGAAAUGACAGAAAGUAGCAACACGUUGAAUUUGAAUGAUGCUCCCAAAGGAAUUCCAACCAAUAUCAAAGAAGAGUUAUCGAUGAAUCUUCACAAAGAAAAUGGAAUCUAUAAUUAUCAAUCUGAAGAUUAUGAUAUUCCUUCUGAUGAUAGGAAAUUGCUUGAGAGAUUAUGUCGUAUUGGUUACUUCAACGGAGGACAUCAUUUGGAAGAAAUUAUGUACUUGGAAAAUAUUCGCAGGUCUCAAUUGUUACAAAUUUUAGAUAAAUUUCGAGAUGUAUUGAUCACGUCUGAAUGUGAAGAUCCUGCUAUAGCCCUAUUUUAUAGUCAAUUUGAUUCAUAAUAUUUUAAUUUUAGUUUUAUCAUUAAAUUGUGUGUAAAUUAUAUUUUGUAAAUAUUAAUUUAGAAAAAUUAGGACAUUGUAUAAAAAAAAUUAAAAGUUUAAGUCGUAUUGGAUUAAACUGAAGAAAUUCGAGUUUGA